GCAGUUGCUAUAAAAGACUGCCAGCAAGCUAUGGGCACGCUUAAUGUGUUAUGUGGCCUUGGUCGAGGUGAUACAUCGGUUCGUCUUGGUCACCAUCAGUUGGACAGUGUUUCGUUAGAGAACUUCAUUAGCCGACCGUACAGUGACGUAAUGUUUGUUUACACGCUUGCACUUUUGCCGAUCGCUAUCUUCCUACUGCUGCGGUACAUCUACUCGCACUGGGAACGAUAUGGACUGCCACAUGUGAAGCCCGAGAUUCCGUACGGCAACCUGCGCACGGUUGUGGAAAAGAAGGAAUCAUUUGGUAUCGCCAUCAACAACCUUUACCAUCGUUCGUCCGAUCGUCUGCUGGGUGUGUAUCUGUUCUUCCGUCCGGCCAUCUUGAUUCGUGAUCCACAGCUAGCGAAACGCAUCAUGGUGAACGACUUCCAGCACUUCCACGAUCGUGGUGUUUACUGUAACGAGAAGGGUGAUCCAUUUUCGGCCAACCUGUUCGCUCUGUCCGGUGAUCGUUGGAAGAAUUUGCGUGCGAAGCUAACACCAACGUUCACUUCCGGGCAGCUGCGCAAUAUGCUACCCACACUAAUAGACGUCGGCAGCAAACUGAACGAUCGAAUGAACACACUGGCGGAUGAAAAAGCGGUUGUGGAUAUGCGUGACAUUGCGUCACGGUUCGUGCUUGAUACGAUCGCUUCCGUGUUCUUUGGCUUCGAAGCGAACUGUAUCCACAACUCGGACGAUCCGUUCCUGAAGACACUGUUGCAGGUGAACAAACGGCGCAGCUUUGUGGACAACAUACGUACGUCCGGUGUGUUUAUCUGUCCCGGGUUGCUUAAGCUUACCGGACUUACGUCACUGCCGACGGAGUUGAUCAAUUUCGUCAUGGAAAUCAUUACGCAUCAGAUCGAUCAUCGGGAGAAGAACCAGAUCAGCCGUAAAGACUUCGUCCAACUGCUUAUUGAUCUGCGCCGUGACGCAAGCAGCCAGGGGGAGCAAGCACUCUCCAUCGAACAGUGUGCGGCCAAUGUGUUUCUUUUCUACAUUGCCGGUUCGGAGACGUCUACGGCGGCGAUUUCGUUUACGCUUCACGAACUUUCGCACAAUCCAGAUGCGUUGGCAAAAUUGCAGCAAGAAAUAGAUGAAAUGAUGGAACGUCACAAUGGUGAAAUUACCUACGAAAAUAUCAACGAGCUGAAGUAUUUAGAUCUUUGUGUAAAGGAAACGCUCAGGAAGUAUCCGGGCUUACCGAUUCUGAAUCGUGAGUGUACGAUCGAGUAUGCGGUGCCGGAUAGUGACGUUGUCAUUCGCAAAGGAACGCAAGUCAUCAUACCUUUGCUUAGUCUCAGUAUGAAUGAAAAGUAUUUCCCAAAUCCAGAACUCUAUUCUCCCGAGCGAUUUGAUGAGGCCACAAAGAACUAUGAUCCAGACGCGUACUAUCCGUUCGGUGUUGGACCACGCAACUGUAUUGGUCUUCGUCAAGGUGUACUGGUGUCCAAAAUUGGUCUUGUUUUAUUGCUUUCCAAAUACAACUUCCACGCCACAAUUCCUGCUAAGGUGAAGUUUGCAGCCAUCAACGUAGGACUUACGCCGGAGGUAGGUUUACCCAUGCGGAUAGAGCACAGAAAGUAAGCCGCGUUACUAUUGACUGUGAUGUGUAGUACAAAGGAAACCAAUUGUAUUAAGAAUAUAUUUUAGCUGCAAAAUAUGUUGUUUAAUAGAUUUUAUUUUUAAAUAAAUAAAAACAAUGUUUUCAAAAUUGAA